ACGUGCGAGAUCCGUACACAGACUCAACUGCGCGGUCGCACUCCGCCCCGACUUACCCUCAGCGAGCAGCGGCCUGGUGGUUUGAGAUGAGCUGAAGAUGUCGGUGUCCGGGCUCAAGGCCGAACUGAAGUUUCUGGAGUCAAUCUUUGACCCGAAUCACGAGCGAUUCAGAAUCAUAGACUGGAAACCAGACGAACUCAGCUGCCAGUUCAACGUCACAGGAGAGAAGCUGCUGAUCAUUCAUUGCAACAUCACGGAAUCCUAUCCCUCAACACCUCCGAUAUGGUUUGUUGACUCUGAUGAUCCCAGUUUGGCUGAAGUGUUGGAGCGCUUAGACGAUGUGAGGAAAGGCAGCACAUUGCUCCUUCAGCAGUUAAAGCGGCUCAUCUGUGAUCUGUGUCGACUUUACAACCUGCCACAACAUCCAGAUGUAGAAAUGCUCGACCAGCCUCUUCCUGCUGGUCCAAUUAACCAGGAUCGAAAGCAUGGGCUGUCUGAUGAGGUGACAUCAGAAGAGGAAGAGGAGGAAGAAAUGGGAGAGCAGGACGUAGACUUGGACCAAGACCUCGACCAUUAUGACAUGAAAGAGGAGGAGCCGGUGGAUGGAAAGAAGUCCGAAGAUGAUGGCAUUGAAAAAGAAAAUCUGGCCAUCUUGGAGAAGAUUCGUAAAAACCAGAGACAGGAUCAUUUGAAUGGUGCCGUCUCUGGCUCGGUCCAAGCCUCUGACCGCCUAAUGAAGGAACUCAGGGAGAUUUACAGAUCACAGAGUUACAAGACAGGUAUUUAUUCAGUCGAACUAGUCAGUGACAGCCUUUAUGAAUGGCAUGUCAAGCUAAGGACGGUAGACCCAGAUAGUCCAUUGCACAGUGACUUGCAGGUCUUAAAAGAAAAGGAAGGAGUGGACUACAUUCUGCUCAAUUUCUCAUAUAAAGAUAAUUUUCCCUUUGAUCCACCAUUUGUACGGGUUGUCUCACCUGUGCUCUCCGGAGGUUAUGUUCUAGGAGGAGGGGCCUUGUGCAUGGAACUUCUUACGAAACAGGGCUGGAGCAGUGCCUAUUCCAUAGAAUCUGUCAUUAUGCAGAUAAAUGCGACUCUGGUGAAAGGAAAAGCCAGGGUGAUGUUUGGAGCCAAUAAGAACCAGUACAAUCUUGCCAGAGCACAGCAGUCCUACAAAUCCCUUGUGCAGAUUCAUGAAAAGAAUGGCUGGUACACACCACCUAAAGAGGAUGGGUAAGGAGUUACUACCACUAUGCACAGGAAACGUGUCUCUGGGUCAGAGUAUCUUGUUUUCUUUGGAAUAUUCCCCCACCCCCCCUCUGACUUAACUGGGAAUAUAUCGUCUUUCUCACGGAAACCACCUCCCUGUCUCAUCUGACAAGUAUUCCUUUGCCCCGCUGCAGGAAAAAAAAGACUUAACUCUGGUGUCACUUUGCUUCUCCCCUCAGUGUUUUAGUGAGGCGGAUGAUGUGAGGGUAUCACUAGUCCUGUUUUUCUAAAUUGCUCAUUUGUCUUUAAAAAUCCUUUCUCCCUUUAAAUGUGUAGAGAUGCUUUUUCAUUUUUGCUGCUUUGACAAACUGGGAUUGACAAACAGUCAGUUGCUCCUCGUUAAAUUGAGUUUUAAAAGAAAUGUCAUACAGAAACUGCUGAAGUGGCACCUCACUGCACCUGCUUUUAUUUCUGGUUUUUUUUUUGGAAAAUUAAGUGGUACAUAACAGCAAAUAAUGUUCUAGAGAUAUUACUUGGCCAUUGAUAUUUUUUUUUAUCAGUUGAGCAUCCAAGACAAUAAAUGAGCCAAUUUACAUACAGUACUGUGCAACGGUCUUGUUGUUUUAGCAGUGCUACAGUAACCAUACAGUAUAAUCCUUUCUCGAUCAAUUUAUUGGAACACGUCCACAAAGUAUGGUAAACAUGUAUGCAGUUUUGGAAUAAUUAAGUGUCAGUUAUUCAGUGUGACCUACCCUUAACCUGGCUCUCUUAAACCUGGAGUGGAACCAUAAUUAAUGCUAUUGGUAAAACCUGCAUUUGUCCUACAUUGUUGACAAAUAUCUACUGUGUAAAAGGUCUGCGAUGCCUGAUUACAUGCACAUUUGUUAUGAGUUAAACUCAUUGACAGUGCGCUAAUAUCUCAGCCUCGUCAUACCAAUCCAAAUGCCAACGGUCACAGAAUUUGACAGACUUACAAAAAAAACAACAGCGCCAGUGGAAGCCCUGAGACUUUUGCACAGUCCUGUAUUUUAGGAGUACAUCUUGAAAGUGAGAUGAUCUACGACUCUGUAUCUUUUUAGCUCUUACUUUUUAAAAAAAUGUGUGAAGUGUACUGGGCCGAGCAGAUCCAAAAUGCCACUGACGUCGUGUCAUGUCGCCGAACAAAUCAAGUGGUUUAAGCGAUGAUGCGGCCGGAGUGGAUUUGAAAACUCAACAUACAGUGUAUUGUGGAAAGAGGAUAUAUUUUCACCAGAUGCACUAUGAGAGGAGCACUGUGACGUCACAGUGGAAGUCCUUACAGACUCGGUUUUUAGACCGAGGACCUGUUUUUGCCUUAUUUCUGUCAACACACAGUGCUCGGUCUGGCUGGUGUCUUGCAUCUGGGUUGUGGCUGUUAAGAUGAAGGAUAGUUUGAAUCUGGAAAUGAAGCCCAGCGUGUGCAAAAGCUAACAUCACGUCGCACAGGGGUCCUCGUCUCGGCCACAGUUGUAAGAUAAUUUUGGUUUGAGUAGUCGCUUUGUUGAAUACGAGCAUGCUGGGAUGGGCUUAUACAGGGCGAAAUGAUAAAGGGCGUUUGGAUGUGGGGGGGAAGGGAUUGUUCAGCCGUUUCAGUUUUUGCACUGACUUAUGUUGUAAUUUCCUCGUGUACAUUGAUACAUAGUUUUCCCCCCUAAUCAGUCAUGAGGUGAAACUGCCGCCAUGUUGCGUAACAUUUGCAGUUGGAUUCACCCCUUUUGCUGCUGCCUUAGUUUUCUCUCAGUCAGCAGCUGAACUUCCAUCAUUUGCAGGGCUUCCUUUGCUGCCACAGACGUGUUCAGGUGUCUCUUGAUCUCUCUCAUCAUCUAACAAAAAAAAAGAUCAUUUGUGGUGUGAUAAGAACUGACCUGAAACUCUUUAAAGAGGCUUUUAACUUUGACCUCGCAAUAUACUGUAGUACACCAUCAGUACUACUGUUCCCCAUACUACAGGACACACUCACUGUAUCUGUCCAUUUGUUCUUCUGCAAUUUAUUUGUUAACACUGUCAGCAAAAGCACGUUUGAAUGGCAACUCAGGUAACAAACAAUCCUUCGGAGGGGACUCUGUACAUGUACAUGCUCAUUUAUUAAUGCUCUCUUCCACUGAUGUUUAGAGACACUCUCAAAAAUCACAUGAUGUCAAACAGGAAAUAUAAUCAGCUUUACAAUAAUAAUAUUUCUUCUAAUUGAAGAGAGGAAGGACAUUUGCAGAAAUAUUCCAGGACUGUAGGAGCAAGGUGAUCAGUAAAUGGCUUAUCAGUACCAACAGAACCUGUGCUUUUUUCCCCUCAAGCACUGAAAUGUCUUUAAUUUCAGUGGAGGAUUUUUGAUAAUUCCUGAUUAAAUGUUCGCACAAACAUGCACAUUCUAAGAAAAAAAAAAUCUGGAAACCAUUUUUUUGUUUUUUUUCCCAGCAUACUACUCAACAUCCUGUUGUUACAUGUCUGUACACCUGAGCACUGAGGAGUUAUCAGGUAUGAUCAAACACUGUCCUCACCUUUUAAAGGGCCCGUGUUGCUUGGCAGCACAGAAAAGUUGCACCAUAAACUUAACUUUUUAGUAUCCGCUGCUGCAAAGUCCUCCUGUGAUCUCCUUACUCCAAAAUGCCAAAACUCUGGUUAGAGGGUAUAUUAAGAAAUGAUUCAGGUUUGAUCGAUGAUGCCAUGGUGAACUAGACUUGCACGCUUCUCUAACUGAAUUUUUGCUUUGAAAGGAUUCCUUUUAUCUCGGUUGUGAAUUCAUUUCCUGGCACCAAGAAAACGGAGGUCAUUCUGGCACCUUUGGCUCGCUUUGUGUUUCUUUAUGUUUCAUUUUCCAUUUGAAGAAGUUUUGGCCAUGUACAGUAAUUUGUAAACUUGCAUCAAGUUUAUGAAUAAAGAAUUUUAAGAUUA